UGAAACUAUCAGCUAGUCCAACUUCCUCAAAGCAGCUGUUUCAAAUGGCAUCAUCAAAAGGAGAAAGGACCUCCACAUUCACGUCAGCUGCAAGAUGCUCCGGAACACCUGGGUCAACACCAUGUACAUCACUAAUGACAUCAUUGAGGUCCAGGAAAUCCAGUAUGGCAAUUUCAACGUGAACAUUUCUUUCUUUACCUCCCCCUCCUUCUUAUAUCCUGUGACUCAUAGCCCAUACUAUGUGGACCUGGAUCAGAAUUUACAUGUUCAGGCUGAAAUCCUCCAUUCUGAUGCCUCCCUGGCCUUAUUUGUGGACACUUGUGUGGCUUCACCAUACCCCAGUGACUCCUCAUCUUUGACUUAUGAUCUCAUCCGGAGAGGGUGCAUAAGGGAUGAAACCUUUCAAGUCUACUCCCAACCAUCUCUCCGGAUUGUCCAAAUGAAAUUCAAAUCCUUCCACUUCCUGAACCGCUUCCCCUCAGUGUAUCUGCAAUGUAAACUGGUGGUGUGCAGAGUGUAUGACUACUCUUCCAGGUGCUACAGAGGCUGUGUGGUGAGAUCCAAGAGAGAUGUGGGCCCCUACCAGGAAAAAGUGGAUGUAAUCCUGAGACCUAUCCAGCAGCAGAUUCCCCCUGAGGAGAAGAGGAGCCUGGGUAGGUCACCCUCGGAUGACCCUGCUGCUCGCUAAAGCCCAGCCCUAUGACACUCAUGGAAUUAGGAUGCUUCUGUUGGUGUUAUGUUACAGCCCAAAAUGAAUACCUACUACGUGCCAGGCAUGCUGUGCUAUGCCUGGGCAGACAGUUCUGACCCAGAAGGCAUAUAGACCUGAGGCUUUAUCCUCUGCUUCUCAUGCAUACAAUG